AUGCCUGCACGACGAGUUUCAGGAAACUGCGAAAAGUGCCACAUGCCUUACAAUUCUGCUAGAGCAUUGAGGACCCACUAUGCAAACUCGACUUUUUGCGAGCCCAAGAAAGCAAGAACAGAAGACACUCCCUUAUCGAAUAGUCAAGAACGAUCCCAGGCAAGCAUGCAUUCACAAGACGAUACUCCAACGGCUACCACAAGUAAUCAAGGAAAUCAGUCAUUACAGCAGCAUGCUGCAGAGCAAAGAAUAGAACUGCCAUCAAUUGAGUCCUUUUCAUACUACAGUAGCUUCACUCUUGAACAAAAGGAAGGCCUUCGACAUGUAUAUGAUCUUGACACCCUCUCUUACGCCACUGAUUUUAAUGAAAGUGAAUUGCUUUCAUUGAAGCUCCGUGACAUAUUCGACAAGUAUCCAGCAUCGAGAGAAAUGAGUCGUGAAAGUAUAUACUUUACAAAUACAAUCAUUAAGAAUAUAGCAGAGGCAGGAGGUGGCACUGAAAGAGGCAUUGUAUUUCCAAAGCUGAUUCAGUUCGAUACUCUAGAGGCGCGCAUGAGAAAGAAGACUGGCGUACAAGCAUUCAUCUACAAGGUCUGUCCUCAAGGCUGCAAAGUUUAUCCCAAGAACGAUACAUCAGUCCAAGGAGUGUGCAAUCACUGUGCAACUCCCAAAAGCGAAGCACAAAAUAUGAAGGUCUUGAGCAUCGGUGAUCAGCUAGCAAGAGUCUUGAGUGACAAGUCCAAACGAGGUGAGCUCAUGUCGUAUCGACGUAACUACCAACAUGAUCCACAUUUUUACCGAGACUACUUUGACGGUCAAGAGUACAUUAACUUUCAACAAAGACGGAAAAGACAUGGCACCAACGUAGAUGAGGAACCUAUUCUGCUUGCCUUGUAUGUCGACGGCUUCAAACCCCAAAGCAACUCUUUUGCUGGCGAUACCUUAACGCUAUUCCACGUUGUAAUUUUGUCAGCCCCUCCACACCUCAGAUACUUGGAUGACUGGACUGUUCAGACAAUGAUUGCACCCGGCAAGAAGGCUCCAGUGGAUCUUGAAAGCUACUUGGCUAUUUUUGUGGACGAAAUUCGUGAUCUUAGUGAACAUGGCAUGCUGGUUCGAGUGAAUGGUGGUGAAGUUGCCCGAGUAAGCGUUCAUUUGGCAAUGGCGACAGGCGAUCUUGUAGAAGUAUCACAUUUGAUGUUGCAUGGAGGAGUCUCCAGUCAGUUUGGCUGUAUGAAGUGCCUCAUAGACACACAAGGAGGCCAAUGCUUUACUCGCACAAUCAGAAAUUUCCAAUACAGAACUCUCGAACAACUGAAAGCACCACUGCCUGUUGGCGUAAAACAUGUGUUUAACAUCAAAGGACCAUCCAUAUUUACCACUCUCAAGUCUUUUCCUGCCAACCCAUCGUUCUACGGUCUCGACACGCUUCACCUACUGAGCAUUGGAUUAGCUAAGCAUUUGUACGAGCUCUUGUCUUCUCCAUUGCAUCCAUCCAAGUUUGAUAACCGAUACAAGCCCUCUAUCGAAGAGCUGAAAGAAGCAAAGCUUGAUAAAGCAAGUGCCUGGCCUUACACCUUUGAUUUAGAUCCCAAAGUUCUGGCAAAGAUCGGUCAGUAUGUGGCUCAGUCAAAGAAGACCAUUCCAACUACCUUCAAUGCACCAUUCAACGACAUUUUUGCACCAGGAGGAGUUACCAACUACCGAGCAGUUGACUAUGAAGAGUUCAUGAUUUUCAUUGUUCCAGCCCUGAUAGCACCACACUAUCCUGACUCAAUCAGAAAACCUCUUCUGGGUAUCGUUAAAGUGGCAGCUUUGGUAUUGCAGAAGAAUGAAUUGCAUGCUUCAGACUUACAAUUCAUAGAAGCUAAGGUUAACGAUUGGCACAAACUGCUGAUCACUGAAAUCAAAGCCAAACGCCUUCCUAUCAAGACCUUUCGACCAAACGCCCAUUAUUUAGGACACUUGACUUACAUGAUCAAAGCGCAAGGUUUACCGGCUUCCACUUCCAGUCGAUCUAUCGAAAGAUCCAUCGGCAGGUACAAACGCUUGAUAAGUGCUCGCACAAAUGUUGGUAUAAAUGCCGGAAACAUCAUUGAUCGUUUGGCAAUUAUGCGAGCCAUCAAGGCAUCUACAACUGGUGAUGGUACAGGCGAUGGUGAAGACAAACUGAAUGAUCUGGAUGCUCGAAUCAAUCUCUUAGUGCCUCGACGAUACGAUCCAACUACCUUCGUAAAUCUAAAGAAUGACAAUGGCAACGGAAGUCAGCUCUGGUAUCCAGUCAUCCACACAACGGUUUCAAGUAUCCCAACCUCCAUCAACGUCAACACACCUCUUUUUGUCAAGGCUAUACAGUCCUACUACGACCGGCAAUACUCAACUAAUGUUCUGCAGAAUGUCCAUAUCAAUGAUCAACUGGAUAUUGUCGUCUCUGGAAGUGCCUGGGCUUACAACUGCACUUAUCGUUCAGAAUACUAUCGCGAUCUCACCGGUGCUAAUUCUAGAGGAAGCCACUACAUCAUGGUAUGGGCAGAACACUUGAGUAACUCUCGUCGCAAGGUCAAAGCUUUCUAUGUAGGGGCUGUUAUUUUCAUGUUCAAGCUCGAAAUUGAGGGGAUUGGCGAUGAGUUGUUCUUGCUUAUUCGAUUAGGAAAGACUCAUGCUGUUGACGACAAAGACAAGACGAUGCCCAUAGUGGAGCUGGAUGAUGACCAGGAUUCAUCCGCAUAUCUGGUGUGCACAUUUGAGCAGGUCAUUUGCCAAGUUGGUCUGAUGCGUUUUAGCGAGAAUGACAAGAGAUAUAAAGUGAUAACGAAGGAAAAGGUUUUCCGGGCCUCGAUAGAGACUUAUAAACCUGGAAAAAACUCAUUUGUGCUACCUCAAUAA